AUGUCUUUUUUUCAGAUCAUGGCUUUCCUCAUCAGCCUGAUCAUUCUGCCCACCUCGACAGCCUCAGCUCUUAUUUUUCCCUAUAAUUCUCUUCUGAGAGAGUCCAGAGAUGAAGCUGAAUCAUCAGGUGGCGGAGCUGACCAAGCUGUGCAAGGAAUGGUCAAGGUUGUCCGGCUGGACCCUCGUAACCUGGUCAGUUCAGCGUUCUUCAGGAGAGGACUUAAUCAGAGGGGAGCUCCUUUCCACCACUCCAGACUGUCCUUCCCUGCCUUUCUGUCUCGUGGCCGUCCAGGUCCUGCCCAAGCCCCCAAGGAUGCUGCAAGUCCACUACGCCACCUGCACCCUAAACGACCCACAGAGGGAGAUCUGAAGAAGAAACAAGGACUGCAGAUGUGGCAGGAGGUCAUGGAUAAAGGAGGGAAGGUGUCACUGCCUGUUAGCCUGAAGGAUACUAAGCAAACAUGCACUGCGGUGCCGUUUACUCAGCAUGUGACGGCAGAUGGAUGCCAAACAGUGACAGUGUACAACAAGCUGUGCUUCGGCCAGUGCAGCUCCCUCUUUGUCCCGUCCGAGGGGGAGUUUGUCGAUCCGAGUCCUGGAACGGGGGCCUUCCGCCGUCGGGCCCCCUGCUCCCGCUGUGCCCCUUUCAAAGCUCAGACAGUCACUGUGCCUCUGCGCUGUGGAGCCCAGGUCUGGGAGAAGAGAGUGAUGGUGGUGGAGGAGUGCAAGUGUGAGACGGGCCGGGAGGAGAGGAGCGCUGAGGCUGCUGCUUACACCCACCUGUAACAGUCCCAGCUGCCAAAAGGACGAAACAUUGGCAUUCAUGUUUGUAGUCGGAUCAACGCGACAUUGCUGCUAAGAAUGGGGCAAUUAUUUUUCAUCACAUGUGCAUCAAGUCCUCUCACAUUUGUAUGCAACUGUGUGUUCUGCUUUAGAUUUGAACAAGUCUGAAUGUGUCAUUCAGAGUAAACUAUUCUGGUGGAGUGUCCCGCCAAUGACUGUUGACAAAUGACCUACUUUGGUCAUGCCGAUUUUUGUUUUUGUGAGGUUCUUAUGUUAUAAUAAGCCUGAAUAAAAACAACUUGUGGUUGCAAAAAUAUAUAAUUUAUUUAAAAUGCCAUUUUUAUACACGGAAAGCAACAAGAAUGUUAAAAAUAACUUAUGAUUUUAUAGAGGCUCUAGACAGCAAACGACAUUAUGCAGCUAUUUCCAUCAUUAUAGUAUGUUGUAUUUUUUGCUUUGGAUGUUGUGUGUUGAUCAUUCAAACCACUCACAUAUUUUUGAUUUUAAGUUUUCAUUGGAAUUUUGAUUGUGAUUUUCUUUGACUAAACUGUUGCACAUGUUAUUUGACUCCUCUCAAGUUUAGUUCUUUUGUGACAUUUGAUAUUUUAUAAUGUGUGAAAUGUCGUGUCUUGUAUUUUACUGUUGCUUUGACCCGUUGUCAUUUUGGCCAGAACACCUUUGUAAAUGAGACGUUAGUUCUUAUUUGGGUCUUUCCUACCUAAAUAAUGUAUUACCAAAAAUAUAUAUAUAUAAAACAUCUCAAUUACAGAUAUGGAGAGCUGAGUGAACAACGGGAGACGGUAUUGUUUCGCUGGUAGCUCUCACCUGAAUUUAUUCCAGGUUGUAUUCAUAAAGUAAUCAUACAACUUUGUCAAAUUAUUGUGAUCAAUCACACUCCUAGUAGUUAGUAAUAUCAACAUAUUGUUAUAUCAGGGACUUUUACAUUGCAAAUUUAUGCACAUUAUAGACAGCUAUUUCAAUAUGCAUAAUUUACCGAACACCUGAGGAAAUCCCGAGCAGCUAACCAAGAGCUAUCUAGCUAUAGUGACAACAAAAACCAUAAACCAAAUACACAGGGGAUAAAAGUCAUGACACACUUAGCAGAACAAUAUUUUUGCACGGGAACUCAUUUGAUCAAUUCAGAAAAUGCUGGGAAUCUAAACGUCCAGCACAGUGUCGAAUACGGGAUUCCUAAAGCUAACACUCACGCUGUCACACGCUGACAUUCAAAUUCGACUUGUUAUCAUAGUUACCCAGGGAUAAAAUGUCCCAAUCAUCUCUCAGUCAUAUAAUCAUGUUCAUUACAUGUGGGAUUUCUGCUUAGCACGGAACUAACCUGGUUUAAUGGACCUUACCAAGCUCCGCCCACAACCGACCCACGUGACCGCAAGUCUCACAAG